AUUCCGUAAAUAUUACUCAAGGGCCAGGCAGGCAGCUGGUUAAGGCUGGCGGCGGGCGAAGAUGGGCGCCGAGCGCGCUGGGGGCACCUGGAUGGGGCACCCCGCCCGGUCGGAGAGCGCGGGCCCGGGAAGGCUCCCGGAGGCGACGGCAGGGCGGGACGCUGAGAGCUGGCAGACUCUGUACCCGGAGGCCUAGCCGCGGACCCUAGCGCACCUUGGUGGGGGCAACCGCGUCAGAAACCCAGACCUGGCGUGACUUCCUGCCCGGGAGGCCCCGCGGCCUCGGGCUCUGGACGCGGGCCAGGGAGGCGCCGCCCGCGAAGCGGCGCUUCCUGGGCGCAGCGGGCGCGGGAGGAGCGCGGUUAGCGCACCUGGAGCGCCCGCAGGUCCGGCGGGCACGCGCGGCGACAUGGAGGACGGCGUGCUCAAGGAGGGCUUCCUCGUCAAGAGGGGUCACAUUGUCCACAACUGGAAGGCACGAUGGUUCAUCCUUCGGCAAAACACGUUGCUGUACUACAAGCUUGAGGGGGGUCGGAAGGUGACCCCUCCCAAGGGCCGGAUCCUUCUGGAUGGCUGUGCUAUCACCUGCCCCUGCCUGGAGUAUGAAAACCGACCACUCCUCAUUAAGCUGAAGACUCGAACAUCCACCGAGUACUUCCUGGAGGCCUGUUCCCGAGAAGAGAGGGACGCCUGGGCCUUUGAGAUAACGGGGGCUAUUCACGCCGGGCAGCCGGGGAAGGUCCAGCAGCUCCACAUCCUGAAAAACUCCUUCAAGCUGCCCCCUCACAUCAGCCUGCAUUGCAUUGUGGACAAGAUGCACGACAGCAGCGGUGGAAUCCGGCCAAGCCCCAACAUGGAGCAGGGAAGCACCUACAAAAAGACCUUCAUAGGCUCCUCCCUGGUGGACUGGCUCAUCUCCAACAGCUUUUCUGCCAACCGUCUGGAGGCCGUGACCCUGGCCUCCAUGCUCAUGGAAGAGAACUUCCUGAGGCCGGUAGGUGUCCGAAGCAUGGGAGCCAUUCGCUCUGGAGACCUGGCCGAACAGUUCCUGGAUGACUCCACGGCCCUGUACACUUUUGCUGAGAGCUACAAGAAGAAGAUAAGCUCCAAGGAAGACAUCAGUCUCAGCACUGUGGAGUUAAGUGGCGCAGUGGUGAAACAAGGCUAUCUGGCCAAGCAGGGGCACAAGAGGAAAAACUGGAAGGUGCGGCGCUUUGUUCUGAGGAAGGAUCCGGCUUUCCUGCAUUACUAUGACCCUUCCAAAGAGGAGAACCGGCCAGUGGGUGGGUUUUCUCUUCGCGGCUCACUCGUGUCUGCUCUGGAGGAUAACGGCGUUCCCACUGGGGUUAAAGGGAAUGUCCAGGGGAAUCUCUUCAAAGUGAUUACCAAGGAUGACACACACUAUUAUAUCCAGGCCAGCAGCAGGGCUGAGCGAACUGAGUGGAUUGAAGCUAUCAAAAAGCUAACGUGACAAGGAAAUGUGUUCCCAAAGGAACAGGAUUCCUCCCUCCUACCAGAAUGGUACAGACAGGAUUGCCUGCAGAAUGGGAGUGUGUUAAGACUUUUAGCCGCUGUAUAUUUUGUAUGGCUUUGCAGUGAGACUGGAGUUCCUUUGCUCACAAUUGGCAGUGGUGCUUUUUCCUUCCCCACCUUCCUGUUAACAGCCUGGAAAUGCUAGAAUCGCCGUGAGGCGUCAGCAUCUUGACUUUCACCCAUCCUCACAGCUAGCUAUUCCUCCGGCACCAAAGUAGGUUUUCCUGUUGUAACACUAACUAGCCAUAUUGUAAUACUAAAUAAAACACUAGUCUCAUGUUGGCUUUCUCUGAAAUGCUGUCAAAAACUAACUCCUUCUCUGGAAUGAAUAAAAACAGACAUUUCUAGCUA